AUUGACGCCUCAGGCAUUCACCCCCUAGUGUCCAAGGUCAAGGCAAUUCAUGAGGCACCCACACCAACCACUAAAGCCGAGCUACAAGCCUUUUUGGGAUUAUUGAACUUUUAUGCAUCAUUUCUACCUCACAAAGCAUCAGUAGCAGAGCCUUUACACAGGCUCUUAGAUAAAAAAGCACCUUGGCACUGGGGACACAAGGAAGACACCGCUUUUCGCGCAGUCAAAUCACUGCUCACAUCUGACGCGGUCCUUAUUCAAUUUGACCCACACCUCCCACUGGUACUAGCCGCGGAUGCAUCCCCUUUUGGGAUUGGCGCCGUAUUAAGCCAUAGACUACCCAACGGCUCCGAGGCACCAAUUGCCUUCUUUUCUAGAACGCUCUCAGCAACAGAGCGUAACUAUAGUCAGAUCGACAAGGAGGCUUUAGCCGCAGUGGCCGCGGUUAAGAAAUUUCAUGAAUUCCUGUUUGGCCACAACUUUGAGCUAAUCACGGACCACAAGCCUCUCCUGGGUCUUCUUUCCGGAGACAAGCAGACUCCCCAAGUGUUGUCUCCCAGAAUGACGAGGUGGACCUUGUUCCUGGCGGCUUAUUCAUACAAGCUCAUCCACCACCCAGGAAAAACGCUAAGCCACGCAGACGCCCUCAGCCGCUGCCCCCUGCCAGCUCCAGCAGAAGACCCAGCCCCGGUCCAUGCCAUCUUCGAUGUCACCGAGCUCGACCUUCCUGUCACCGCCCUCGACAUCGCCACCAAAUCCAAGACGGACAAAACCAUCGCCCAGGUACUGGACUGGGUGAGGAGGGGGUGGCCGGGCUCUAACCUCUCAGCCGAAUUCACACCUUUUAAGACCCGUCAACAGGAGCUGUCUAGCAUACAGGGCUGCCUGUUGUGGGGCACCCGGGUUGUUAUUCCGGCCUCACUUCGCACACCAGUCUUAGAGGCACUACACAAGGGCCACCCGGGCAUCGUCCGGAUGAAGGCGUUGGCACGGAGCUACGUCUGGUGGCCUGGUUUGGACGACGACAUCGUCAAGUGGGUAAGCUCAUGCCAACCCUGCCAGGAAUCCAGACCAUCCCCUCCAGUCACCACCCCCACGAAGUGGGAGAGCGCCAACGUGCCUUGGUCAAGGCUACACAUUGACUUAGCGGGUCCAAUACACGGCAAAACCUUCUUGGUGGUCGUUGAUUCAUACUCUAAAUGGAUCGAUGUGGCCCAACUAUCCACGACCACCACGCUAGCAGUUACCAAGGCUCUAACUCGCCUAUUCGUAACACACGGGCUACCUGAUACCAUAGUUUCGGAUAACGGCCCCCAGUUUGCCUCAACAGAAUUUAGCCGUUUUGCCACAAAUCUUGGUAUCCGACAUAUCUUCACGGCUCCCUUCCAUCCUGCCAGCAACGGACUGGCGGAGAGAGCCGUUAGAUCCACAAAAGAAGCGUUAGCCAGAUUCAGCAAAGAAGAUUGGCAUCACAGACUCUCCCGUUUCUUGCUAAGCCAACACUCGACCCCUUGCAUGGUCAACAACAAGUCCCCUGCUGAACUGCUGAUGGGUAGACGCCUAAGAACUGUGUUGGACAGGCUCCACCCUCACUAUUGCCCUGACACCCCUCUCGCUUCAAUGACGGGGGUCAGAGAUUUUGUCUUGCAGGAACAUGUAUUUGCAAGGAACUAUGCCGGAGACCCGCUGUGGAUUCCAGGAGUGAUAGUAGCCAUCACCGGUCCCCGGUCAUACCAAGUACAGCUGGAAGACGGCCGCAUCUGGAGAAGACACCUG